AAACUUGUCGGUAAUAACUGGACAGGAUCCGACCUCCCACUUCACUCCCUCACUCUCAAAUCCUCUCUGAGUCUUUUGUCGUUUCCCUCAUUUUCUCUUUUCCUGUAUCUCCUGCCUAGAAAUUUUCAAGAAAUAUCAUGGGAAAAAGGCUGUUCUACCUUCUCAAUCAAAUUCCUCAAAUGGGUAUCUCCUGAAUCUCAAUUCCUCAACUGGGUAUCUCCUAAAUCUCUCUCUCUCUCUCUCUCUCUCUCUCUCUAGAAGGCAGAAGGGGAGAUGAAGAUCCAGUGUGAUGUGUGCGAGAAGGCGCCGGCGACGGUGAUUUGCUGCGCAGAUGAGGCGGCGCUGUGCGCGAAAUGUGACGUGGAAGUUCAUGCGGCGAACAAGCUUGCGAGCAAGCACCAGAGGCUUCUCCUUCAGUCCCUCUCCAACAAACUCCCUCCCUGUGAUAUUUGCCGAGAGAAGGCAGCUUUCAUUUUCUGUGUGGAAGACAGGGCUCUCUUUUGUAAGGAUUGUGAUGAACUGGUCCAUGCUGCUCGUAGCCUCUCAGCAAACCACCAGCGGUUUCUUGCCACCGGAAUCCGAGUUGCUCUAAGUUCAACUUGCACAAAGGACAGUGAGAAGAGCUGCCAAGAGCCAAAGCCACCAAAUCAUAAAGUGCAAGCUGCCUUGAAAACCCCCACACAUCAAGCUUCUAGCUUCACGUCCCCAUCAUGGGCUGUUGAUGACUUGUUGCAGUUCUCAAAUCUCGAAUCCUCUGAGAAGAAAGAACAAGUCGGGCUUGGAGAUUUAGAAUGGUCCACAGACGUUGAACUCUUUGGUGAUCAAGUUCCUCGGGAGGCAUUAUCUCCAGUUGAAGUUCCUCAGCUUCCAGUAUCACAGUUUAGCCAUGGAACUUCAUUCAAACCCAACAAGUACAACAUGCCCCAUAAGAAGCCUCGAAUUGAAAUCCCUUAUCAUGAGGAUGAGGAGUAUUUCACCGUUCCCGAUCUAGGCUGAAUCUAGACCUACUGAAGCUUCAUAGUACUGAGGCAGCUCAGGAACUAUCUAAAUGAGUUGUCCAUACAAUCGUAUAUGCAUGUGCAGGCAAGUAUUUUGCAGGUCAGGGCGGGGUUGCAUAAAUCCAGAGCUAGAAGAGUUAAUUCCAUUGGCUUAUGGUCAACUUUUGGAUGUGAUAAGGUUCUUUCAUGUUGGAUGUUGUGAGUUUGUUAUCAUGAAUGGCACUUGACGCUCUCGGGUGUACCAUACGUGCAUAAUCUGAGUUAAGACUGCAUUCCUGUAAGUUAUAACUUCUGUUUCAGACUUUCAGUGCAUGUUGUUUGAUCUUCUGUGUUAACCUUGAGCUUGUUGUGCGCUCUUUUGGCUAUCAGGUUAUAUGUUAGUUUUUUGUUUC